UUCAUUGUGUGUAGUUUCAUUCAAAAACUGUGAAAAUAUGGUUGAAUUUCAAAGAUUUUAUAUACUAUGGAAAGGAAAAGGAACUUGUUUUAUAGGAUCUCUUUGUGGUGGAUAUAUUCUUGGUAUAUUUAAUACUUUUAUUGAAAACAAAUCAACUUUGAGCCCACACAAUAUGGUAAUGGUGGCCACAAUGUCACAAGCUAUUAUGAAUUUUCCGUCUAUGAAAUGUAAACAACAAAUCCAAAAGUGGUUGAUAUCGCUUCGGAAAAGCUUUUGAGCUUGGAAAAAUGUUGGAUUGGAUUCAAACCGUGCAGCAGCAAUCAGAAGGGAUUGGAUAGUUACAACUUUUUAAAAUAGAAAGUAAAUGGACAUGAAUUUUAGAGGCGAUUAACGAUAAACAGGAUUUAAUUUUGAUAGUUUUGGGGACUGAAAUUCUCAAAAUGCAGACCGAAGUCUUUUACAGUCGACACAAUCUUUUCUCUUUAAAGAUGUAUUUUGUAAUCCACCUAUAUUCUCUUAAGGGUAAGAACAAGUCAAGCGCAAAAACACAUUUUGAUAUAAAUGACGUAGACAUGAUUAUUUGUGUCAUUUAUGUCACGUGACAAAAACAUUGCGGCUUUCUGAGAUGACAUAGACAAAACGUGAGGACAGAUAUUUUGAUUCUUUAAGUGACUAUACACAUGAAGGAAAUGGGAAACUUUUACAGUUUUCUGUGGAUAUUAUUACUGAUCAAUUUGACAUCAUCCAAGGACAUUCAAAUCAACCUAGGCCUAAAUAAAGUGAAGCUGAGCCAAUCAGUCGAUGCUUUCCCUCAACAGGCCAAUUGUACUGAUUUGGAAAGGCCUAUAUGUGUGAGAAACGUAACAUAUAGGAACUUGGUUGCUGUGUGUGCCCCCAACAUUCCAAUGCCCGGAACUCCAGCAUCUUGUCCAGUCUUCACAUUCACAGUCACAACACCACCCAUCCCUAUUGUUCAGCCUGACCCUAUAGCUACUUGUAAGAGCUGCUCUCGCUAUAACGUAUGGGAUAUAGAAAAAUAUCCAGAAUGUCUCAUAUUAGGAAAGGAUACACCUACUCCUCAUACCUCUGAUAUACCUACUACUCAUACCUCUGACAUACCUACUACUCAUACCUCUGAUGUUACCCGAAGUUCUGCUGGAAGAAAGGAACAACAAGAAAAUGGAUUGAGUGGAAAAAACAUUGCUGCUAUCGUUACACCUGGAAUUGCUCUGCUGUUGGCGCUGGUGGUGCUGCCUGUGCUAUACAAAUUUGGAUGUUUAACGAGGCUGGUAAGAAGUCGUAAGACACUUUGAUUUGUAACUACAUUAUGCUUUAGCUAGUCCCAAGCAAAAAAAUAAUAUACUUUGUGAAUAUCCAUGUCUAGUCAACAUCUAACUGAGUGUGUAAAGUUGUUGUAAUUACCUCUGUUGUAGGUGACUUUAUUGAUGUAAUUAAAUUAGAAUAUGAUCAUUAAUUUCAAUUGCACACUUAAGAGAAAUCGUUCAAGACUGGUAUCAGAACCAAAAUUGAUUAUCAAUUUUGAAUUGACCGAACCUCAUGAAAACAAUUCAGUUUAACUAAUUCUACAUCUCCCGUCUUUACCUGUUUGUACAUAUAAAGCUAGUGGCUUCCAAUAUAUACAUAUAUAAUUCUAGUAACUCUAUGUGUCAACCUGUCUUGCUAUCACAUUAUAAAUCACAAGCAGGUAAAUAGAACUGAUCACAACAAAUCAAGAUUUUAGUCUUUCAGAUUAUAAAAAAAUUCAUUUGCUUAAUUAUUUAACUAGAAAAUAUCUUGGUUUGUUUAGAAUGUAAAAUAAGAUAAGGAAAACCAGAAUGCUCACACUUAAAAAGCUGACAUGAAUUCUUUUAAAAACGCAACAUUUACAUCUAUGUACGUUGCUUGUUGCAUACAAACUAUAACCACAACCUGCCUUAUUUCUUUCAGAAACCUUGUCUUAUUUUAACGGUAUUAUACCCCAAUUCAUUCGUUAAACUAAAAUGACUUUUAAG